AUGGCACCGGACCUGAUGGAGACGGAAGACUGUUGCCCGCUUUGCAUGGAGGACCUCGACAUCACCGAGCGCAACUUUUGGCCUUGCAAGUGUGGGUACCAGAUCUGCCUGUUUUGCUACCGGCACAUCAAGGAGGACCUGAACGGCCUUUGCCCGGCCUGUCGCACGCCCUAUGACGACGCCAACGUCAAACUCGUGACGCCGGACCCGCAAGAGUGA